AUGGUGACGAACCAGAUGAAAUGGUUGCUAGCGUGGCAGGCUCCACAAUGUGAACUGUGGGAGAAAGUGAGGCUGGCUCAAAGUAAACAGAAUCUACAGGUGUGGAGGGCGUGGGAGACGAAUCAUGUGAAAGGAUGUGGGCAUGGUUGUUUGAUGGUGUCAUUAGAUACCGGUGCUGCAGUGGGAAUAGGAACUGUCACAGGAGCUGAUGCGAGUGGAGCUGUAUCUGCAACAGAAUCAUUAGCUAAAAGAUUUGGAGAUUGCUUUGGAAUUUCAACCGAUUCCUUGUCUAUGGAGCUAGUGCUCGUGGCAAUGGUGACUGGCGGCGCCGGUGUAGUGCCGUCGAGAUGGCAACUUGAGCCUUCCACAGCAAGAAGUUUGUGCGGCUACCAUAUGAAUGAGAAUGAGAGCUACAUCAUUUAUUUUGUGGAUGAUCCUUCCAUUAUAACUAGGUUUGUAAUGGAUGUUUCUGGUCAAGUUCAGCAACUAGCAUGGAUGGAGACUGGCAAAGACUGGAAUUUGUUGUGGUCUCAACCUAAAACACGUUGUGAUGUAUCAGAGAUUGAUUGGGAUCAGAGUGAUUUCUCUGGUGGGUGUGUGAGAAAAACUGAUUUGCAGUGUAGUGGCAAGUUGGAAAAGGCUGAUUUUGUCAUGAUUAAAGACGACAACCCAUCUCCGAAUAACUCUAUUGCAGUUGGGAGUGUUGGAGAAUGUCGUACAAUCUGUUUGAACAAUUGCUCCGGCAAUGCUUACACUUUUGUCGACAAUCAGUGUUUACUUUGGAUGGAGAUCUCUUGA